UCAUUCUAUUUAUAGUAUAGCGUUUUCAGUUGUUCAGGGUUUUAAUUUGGAACAACGAAACCAGGAUGGAAGAGAAAGAUUCUAAGCCAAGAGAGUCUGGACCUGUUAUUUUUGAUGGAAUGGUCUUGCCCCCUUUCCCUCCUUUAGUACAAGAUGCAAAGAAACGAUUUGAAGAAAUAAGGAAUAUGGAAUACAGGAAGGACGACAUCAUAUUAGCCAUUUAUCCUAAAUCAGGAACACAUUGGGUAUGGGAGAUAGUCUCCAUGUUACUGAAACAAAAGGCAGAAUAUUCAAAGAUUCCAAAAGAGUUAUUUUUUCUGGAAGCCAUGCCAGAUUUGAGCAUGGUAGAAAGCAUGGAGUCACCUCGAGCUGUAAAUACCCACCUUCCUUACAGAUGGCUCCCAAAACAACACAUUGAGAAUGGCGGGAAAAUUGUUCAUGUGGUCAGAAAUCCAAAGGACGUUUGUGUAUCGCUGUAUCACCACAUGAAAAGUUCAAAGGAAAUCGGCGAAAUCAAAGACUUUAAAACUGUUUACGGAAUGAUGUUCUUAAACCAAAAAGAAAAAUUAACGGACGGAUGGUUCAAGUACGAAAAGGAUUUCGAGGAAGCAGAAAAAAAUGACACGAGAGGAGCUAUAUUCACGGUACAUUAUGAGAGCUUAAAAAAGAAUCCAAUACCAGAAAUCAGUCGACUUGCCAACUUUCUGAAUAUCAACGUAAAGGCCGAAGAGAUAGCUGAUAUAGCAGAUAAAUGUAGCUUUAAAAAAUUGAAGCUGGCAGAUGAAACCAUUAAAGACCAUUCAGGACUAGGGGAUUUUGUUGACAGAGAUAAACAGUUUGUGUAUAGAAAAGGAGAAAUUGGUGAUUGGAGAAACCAUUUUACCGUUGCAAUGAAUGAACAGUUUGAUGCAAUUUACAAAGAAGAAAUGAAAGACUCUGACAUUCAAACUCAGUUUGAAAUCAUGAUGGACAAGAACGAUUCUAACUUCAGACAGACUCAACCGAUUAUGUUUGAUGGAAUGGCCUUACCUCCUUUCCCUCCUCUAUUACAGGACGCAAAGAAACGAUUUGAGGAAAUAAGGAAUAUGGAGUACAGGAAGGGCGACAUCAUAUUAGCCAUUUAUCCUAAAUCAGGAACACACUGGGUGUGGGAGAUAGUCUGUAUGUUACUAAAACAAAAGGCAGAAUAUUCAAAAGAACCAAAAGAAUUAUUCUUUCUGGAAGCCAUGCCAGAUUUGAGCAUGGUAGAAAAUAUGGAGUCACCUCGAGCUGUAAAUACCCACCUUCCUUACAGAUGGCUCCCAAAACAACACAUUGAAAAUGGUGGGAAAAUUGUUCACGUGGUCAGAAAUCCAAAGGACGUUUGUGUAUCGCUGUAUUACCACAUGAAAAGUUCGGAAGAAAUCGGCGAAAUCAAAGACUUUAAAACAUUUUAUGAAACCGUGUUCAUGAACCCAAAUGCAAAAUUAAUGGAUGGAUGGUACAAAUACGAGAAAGAUUUCGAACAAGCUGAAAAAAAUGACACGGGUGGAACUUUUUUUACUGUUCAUUACGAGAGCUUGAAAACGAAUCCAAUAACAGAAAUCAGUCGACUUGCCGAAUUUCUGAACAUCAACCUAAAGGACGAAGAUAUAGCCGAGAUAGCUGAUAAAUGUAGCUUUAAAAAACUGAAACUCGCAAAUGAUACCAUAAAAGACCAUUCCAUACUGGAUAUAGGUGAAAAAUCUAUUGGUGAAAAAAUUAAAGAAUUUAUGUAUAGAAAAGGGGAAAUUGGUGAUUGGAAAAAUCAUUUUACCGUUGCAAUGAAUGAACAUUUCGAUGCAGUUUACAAGGAAGAAAUGAAAGACUCCAACAUUAAAAUUCAGUUUGAGUGAUGACUUAAGAAACAUGCGUGACGGAUCUUAACGCAAUAUUGAUACACAGAAUAGCAUUCAUUUUCGCCAAUAAAAUUUAUAGUUCAA